CUUCACCAGUGAGAGGGAUCGGAUAACCACACACCAAGCAAUUCGAUCUCCAUAAGCCAAAGAAGGACGGAUGGCUAGCCAAGUCUCGGUCUCGAUCUCGACCUCGUCCCUACUGUUGCUCGCCUUCUUUCUCGUCACGCCACGGGCUCGCUCCGACCUCGUUCGAGACACCUGCAAGAAGUGCGCGGAGGUGGACUUCAAUUCCUGCGCGAGGUCCCUGGAGUCGGACCCGAGGAGCCGUGGGGCCGACCUCCGGGGGCUCGGGUUGGUCUCGUUCGACCUGCUGCGAGGCCAGCUGGCGAGCACCGGCGAGUACAUCCGACGGAUCAUGUCGCGGAAGUGGGACCCGUACACGAGGCGGUGCUUGUCGGACUGCAAGGAGAUGUACGGGGACUCGUCCUCGAGAAUGGAGGAUGUGAUCCCGGCGUACCGGGCGGGGCGUUACGCCGACGUGCAGACUUGGCUGAGUGGGGUGCUCACUUACGAGGACACGUGCGAGUCCCAAUUUUCGGAAAGGGGCAAGGUCUCGCCUCUGACGAAGCAAAACCGUGAUACUCUUCAAUUGGGUACGAUAGCGCUUUGUAUCGUCGAUUUUUGUCAAGACGGGAUCGUAACGAUGGAUCGAAACAAGGUUGUGGUCGAAUAAUUUGGGGGAGCCUCAAUUUCUUGAAGCUACUCGUCAUCAAUCGGGUUUCGACGCCAAAGAUUCAUACUUUUACUUCCUCCUUUGGUUUAAUUAAUGAUUUUACUAAUCUCGCGGAAUCGGGUAAUUUACGAAGUAAUCCUAUCAUGAUAUGCGAAAGCGACGGUAAGUAAGUAAAAUGCGA